GGAGCCCCCACCUCGCCUGCCCCCCCCGCCCCCCCUCCGUCCGCGGCCCCGGGAGCGCCUCCGCGUCUCCAGGGAGGGGACGUUUCCUAAUCUCGGGCCGGGGUUAAAGUUCUGGUCCUGGUGAGAUGCUGGAACCUGCGGCCGCAGCCGCAACUCGUCCAGGAGGUGUCCUGUCGCCUGUCUCCACCGCCCCCACUGCUGCCGCCGCCGCCUCUGCCGCCCUUCCGGGGCCAUGUUCGCUCCGGGCUUGCCCUUCUUGGUGCUCUUGGCGAUCUCGGUCGAGAGCCAUAUGGGUGUCCUGGGGCCCAAGAACGUCUCGCAGAAAGACGCCGAGUUUGAGCACCUCUACGCGGAUGAGGUCAACAGCGAGCUGGUCAACAUCUACACCUUCAACCACACUGUGACCCGCAACCGGACCGAGGGUGUGCGUGUGUCUGUGAACGUCCUGAACAAGGAGAAGGGAGCGCCUUUGCUGUUUGUGGUCCGCCAGAAGGAGGCUGUGGUGUCCUUCCAGGUGCCCCUAAUCCUGCGAGGGCUGUUUCAGCGCAAGUACCUCUACCAAAAAGUGGAGCGAACACUGUGUCAGCCCCCCACCAAGAAUGAGUCUGAGGUCCAAUUCUUCUAUGUGGAUGUCUCCACGCUGUCACCUGUCAACACCACGUAUCAGCUCCGGGUCACCCGGAUAGAUGACUUUGUCCUCAGGACCGGGGAGCAAUUUAGCUUCAAUACCACUGCAGCCCAGCCCCAGUACUUCAAGUAUGAGUUCCCUGAGGGAGCAGACUCCGUGAUUGUCAAGGUGACCUCUGACGUGGCCUUUCCCUGCUCAGUCAUCUCCAUCCAGGAUGUCCUGUGCCCUGUCUACGACCUGGACAACAAUGUAGCCUUCAUUGGCAUGUACCAGACUAUGACCAAGAAGGCAGCCAUCACGGUCCAGCGCAAAGACUUCCCCAGCAACAGCUUUUAUGUAGUGGUGGUGGUGAAGACUGAAGACCAGGCCUGCGGGGGUUCCUUGCCUUUCUACCCCUUUGUAGAAGAUGAACCGGUUGAUCAAGGGCACCGCCAGAAAACCCUGUCAGUGCUGGUAUCCAAAGCAGUCACGUCUGAGGCCUACGUUGGUGGGAUGCUCUUUUGCCUGGGGAUAUUUCUCUCCUUCUACCUGUUGACCGUCCUCCUGGCCUGUUGGGAGAACUGGAGGCAGAAGAAGAAGACUCUUCUGCUGGCCAUAGACCGAACCUGCCCAGAAAGUGCUUCUCUCCUUGGUCACCCUCGGGUCCUGGCUGAUUCCUUUCCUGGCAGCUCUUAUGAGGGUUACAACUAUGGCUCCUUGGAGAAUGGUUCCGGAUCCACUGAUGCUUUGGUUGACAGUGCUGGUAGUGGGGACCUGUCUUACAGUUACCAGGGGCACGACCAGUUCAAGCGGCGCCUCCCCUUUGGCCAGAUGCGGCAGCUGUGCAUUGCCAUGGACCACCCCUUUGACCCAGUGGGUCCUCGGCCACGCCUGGAUUCCAUGAGCUCCGUGGAAGAGGAUGACUAUGACACACUGACUGACAUCGAGUCCGACAAGAAUGUCAUUCGCACCAAGCAAUACCUCUACGUGGCUGACCUGGCACGGAAGGACAAACGUGUUCUGCGGAAGAAGUACCAGAUCUACUUUUGGAACAUCGCCACCAUUGCUGUCUUCUAUGCCCUUCCUGUGAUACAGCUGGUGAUCACCUACCAGACGGUGGUGAAUGUCACAGGCAAUCAGGACAUCUGCUACUACAACUUCCUCUGUGCUCACCCACUGGGCAACCUCAGCGCCUUCAACAACAUCCUCAGCAACCUGGGGUACAUCCUGCUGGGGCUGCUCUUCCUGCUCAUCAUCCUGCAGCGGGAGAUCAACCACAACCGGGCCCUGCUGCGCAACGAUCUCUAUGCCAUGGAAUGUGGGAUUCCCAAACACUUCGGUCUAUUCUAUGCCAUGGGCACAGCACUGAUGAUGGAGGGACUUCUUAGUGCUUGCUAUCACGUCUGCCCCAACUAUACUAAUUUCCAGUUUGACACAUCGUUCAUGUACAUGAUUGCUGGACUCUGCAUGCUGAAGCUCUACCAGAAGCGGCACCCAGACAUCAAUGCCAGCGCCUACAGUGCCUAUGCCUGCUUGGCCAUCGUCAUCUUCUUCUCCGUGCUGGGCGUGGUCUUUGGCAAAGGGAACACGGCAUUUUGGAUUGUCUUCUCCGUCAUUCACAUCAUUGCCACCCUGCUCCUCAGCACGCAGCUCUAUUACAUGGGCCGCUGGAAGCUGGCUGGCACAGGCCAGGGGUCCAGCACGGAAGAGUACCCUGUGCUCUUCAGCAGCAUGCCCUUCUCCUUGCAGACUGGGGGAUCUUCCGCCGCAUCCUCCAUGUGCUCUACACGGACUGCAUCCGGCAGUGCAGCGGGCCCCUCUACGUGUCUCCAUGUCUCUGCUUCCCCCCAGGACCGCAUGGUGCUGCUGGUCAUGGGCAACAUUAUCAACUGGUCGCUGGCUGCCUAUGGGCUCAUCAUGCGGCCCAAUGAUUUUGCCUCCUACUUGUUGGCCAUUGGUAUCUGCAACCUACUACUUUACUUUGCCUUCUACAUUAUCAUGAAGCUCCGGAGCGGGGAGCAAAUCAAGCUUAUCCCUCUGCUCUGCAUCAUCUGCACCUCUGUGGUCUGGGGCUUUGCGCUCUUCUUCUUCUUCCAGGGACUCAGCACCUGGCAGAAAACUCCUGCAGAGUCAAGGGAGCACAAUCGGGACUGCAUCCUCCUUAACUUCUUUGAUGACCACGACAUCUGGCACUUCCUGUCCUCCAUCGCCAUGUUUGGGUCCUUCCUGGUGUUGCUGACACUGGAUGACGACUUGGAUACUGUGCAGCGGGACAAGAUCUAUGUCUUUUAGCAGGAGCUGGGCCCCUUGCUUUACCUCAUGGGGCCCUUAGCUCCUCUUUGUCACCUGCCAAGGUGCCUCUAUGGUACCGGGGUUGUGAGCCCCAGCCUUGCUGCCCAACACUGGAUGGUGGUGGGACAGCGAGGUCUAGCGCAGGCCAGACUCCGUACAGUCAUGGUGGUAUUGAGCCUUGCAGCUUCCCUCUGCCAGGGAGGAGGCCUGCUCCCCUGAUAGCCCAGACAUUGGCCAAAUUGCUGCUUUUUUCUCAGUGUUGGGGCCUCCCACAGGCCCCCACCUGUCUGUUGGCUCUCCGUUUGUCCCUCUGAAGGAGGAAGGAGGGAAGGUGAUACCCUCCCCAUUUCAUGCCUUGCAUUCUACCCAUGCUCCCCGCCCCCUCAGUCUGGAACCCAGGGCCCUUUCUUCCUAUGCUUCCACUCCAGGACCCUGGUCUGGGACCUGAUUUGUGUCCUGCCACGGGGCUCCAGUUCUCCCGGGGGCUGUACCUCGCUGCCAUCACUGCCUACUCUGGUCAGCCAGGGUCGAUACAGGUGUGGGAUUUUGGGGGCUGGCCAACUGGUUCCAGGCUUUUGGUGCUACGGCCUACAAGAGGCCCAGAGCAGGCUCCUCCCACUCUGAUCUGUGCUCGGGCUGGUGUUUAGCAGUGGCGUUUAGCUCAGCUUGAGAGCCUCCUCUGACUGAGGGGCUGAAUUCGGAGGUCAUCUCUUCAUUUCAUAAGCCUCCCAGACUGAUGCCAGCACCAGGAUUGGAGGGAAAAACAAUUCACCUGUCCCUUUCUGAGUCCUCAGUCCUGCCAAGCCCCAAGUGGGGCCUUUCAGUGCCACUGACACUGCCCAAGAAUGUCCAGGGGCAGAGGAGGGUGGUAUAGAGCCCAGCCCAUCCUCCCUCCACAGCUGCGGGAGCCCCAGUGCCUAUCUGAGAAAGGGGCUUAUGGAAGGGACAUGCCAUUUCCCUCUGCGUCCCCAGUCCCAGUCUCACUGUCAGACCCAGGGCUGGCUUCUGAGUCCAUCCAGUCUUCAGCCAAGUUUCGUCAGGCGCGCGCGCGCGCGCGCACACACACACACACACACACACACACACACACACACGCCUUGGAGUUUACAUGGAGUUGCCUCAGCUCUGGGCCCUCUGGCUGCUCUGGUCCUUGAUUCCCUUCACCUUACCUGGUCCAUUCCAGAUACCAAGGAUGGGGCUGAUCAGGUUGAGUCUCUGCCUUGGGGUGGGAAUGUGAUUUAGUCUCCCCAACUAUUUAUAGCUCUCCUUGGCCUGGGAUAGGAGGCUGGUCUGGGUCUUCAUUCCAGAGCUCCGUUUUAUGUGUUUCCAUACUAUGGUUGUGUUUCUGUUUUCUAUGAAUGAGUGCAUUCAAUAAAGAAACGACCAGAUGCA